AUGGGUAACCGAGACUCCGACAGCACCGCUCCGAGGAGUGCGACUCCACACACAAAUGCAACGUCUUCUGCAAACGCGCCUCCUAUAACCAGGGCAACGCCUCUCAGCACUUCGAUUGAGCGACCUCAUGGGGCAUACGAUCAUUUGGGCUUUAUAAGGAUGGAAAACGAAGCCAGAACAAGAUAUAAAGAGGGUGUGAUGACUAGAGCAGAGGGCCUUUUGCGAACGCGAGUAGAUUCUAUAAUACAGGACCUGGUAGACUUACGACAGAUUGAUGGACUUGCCAUACGACAAGCUUUCCUGGAGCAAACGGCAGCCCUGGGCCUGCUGCCUACUCCGGAAUGGAUUGUGGAAUCACACAGACAGGUCGCGGAAGGCACGCGGACUGGUGCGAGCAUCAUUCCGCGGGUCAAGCCUGUGCCUCAAUUACCUGUGCCUGGACCUCAGCCUCCGCCGACCGAGCCUCCAAAUUCGCCGCCCAGAUCUCCUUCUUCCCAGCAUGGCGGUUCACAUGCGACACUGAUAGGCGAGGGUGGCCCAGAUAAUGCAGAACAGAAUGACGGAGUACCGGCAGAAGAGAAGAACGCGAAGCGAGCAAAGAAAGCUGAAAAGCGGAGAAGACAAAAAGAGAGGAAGAAGGAGAAACGAGCAACGGCCGACGGCGGUGUGUAUCUUCAAGCUGAAGAGAUGGACUGA